UUGUCUCAGAACCCCCGAUUUGCUUUCUCGCUUUUCCGGCGCUGGAGAAUCGAUCUCUGAAUCAGCUGAUUUGAAUUGGCAUAUGCGUCUAUGCGAGCGUAUGUAUGUACAUACGUAUGUAUGAAUAUAUGUAUGUAUAUGCGGUAGCGCGUGUGUGCCAUGCGGCUCAGUAGUGGCGAUUAUCUGUGAGCAUCGUUAGUCGCGCGUUUUCUGUCGUUUCUCCAAGAAAUGUGCCUUCUCGUCGCUCGCGUAUGCGAGGACGCACCGAGAACGGUUUGAAGACAACUCGCGCACAAGUUAUUAUUAUCGCUAUUAUAUAGUUACUACCGAGCAACCAAGUAUAUAACGAUGGAGAACGUCCGCUCGCCGAUGGAUAACCUUCUCAACAUGCUGUCGGGCUUCAGCGCGGGUCAGGAGAAGGCUCUGAAGCAAGGGAUUUACAACGCCGUCGCGCUCUUCUUCCUGUGCCUCGUCUCCGCAGCCGGCUACGGCCUCUACAUUAUUCUUCGUCCCUUUGUCAAGCCCCUAAUCUGGGCCCUGCUGUGCGGGUCCGUUCUCUUUCCGUUCAAGUGUUCGCUUGCCACGGCGGUGGAAUCUUGGUUCGCCAGAGUGGAGGCGUCGCGGACUCCGCUGGUUGUCAACGUCGGCCUGCUGCCCGUGUACAUAUUUGAUAAUGUUUCCGAAAAGGUGGGCACCUUCUUGUGGACGCGUAUCAAGUACAUUGUCUGGGCGGCGUCAUUGACAUUGCCGGCUGUAGGCGUGUAUCAUUACACCCCCAGCGUAUUAACGUGCCUCGCCUGGAGGAUGUUUCAAAUCUUCACCGUCAUUUCUGGAUUCUUCAUUCUGAUGUGCAACAUCUUCACGGUCUCUACCAUGCUCGCUGGCUACUUGACGAUUUUAUACAUCUACUGGACACCGUCAAACUCGUUUCGUUUUCGCUAUGCAUCCUUCGUGAUGUGGUUCAUCAUCAGCAUGUAUCUGUCGAGCACAGCGGGGGCUUAUCGAGUUCUGGUAUUUACCACUCUGCAAAUCCUGUGCGUAGUAGGAUUCAUUUACGAAGUGUUAGUCAUCAUGGACAGCCACGAGCGGAACGGCGGGCACUUGACGUUCUCGCAGGCGGUGCAUUUCGCUCUCACCAAUGACCUAUUGUGCUCGCAAGAUGAUAAAGCAGCCUCGUCGGUGACGGGCGACGAGCGGACGAAUGACUGUAUUCCGGAAGGCGAGGGUACGGACACACCGAUCCGCUUUCGAGAGGAAACGGAAAGAUCGGUGUCCGCCGAUGCAGCGAGUGUCGCGAGAGCACGUGGCCCCCCGAGACUUGGCGUCAAGUCAAUGUCUCUGGAUACGGACGCCGGUCUGUCGCCCACGCAUAAACCUGGCAUGCGUAACGUAUAUUCUUUAGCUCGGGCGACAUUACGCGACCGUUAUCUACUCGGCAAGAUAAGGGCCGACUUACGUACCUCUCUGGAUACGCAGGACGACGAGGUCGACACCGACAAGUAUAUGUAUGGAGCGCUGUACGCGUGUGCUGGUAUGCUCCUCUGGAAGCACAGAUGGAUCGCGCACAUCCUCGUGAUCCCGCUAGUGUAUUACGUCGUCAAACAGUUGGGCAGCUAUUUUGGCUUUUGGGAAAUGAUACUCGGGUAUUUUGAUUCAAUGAUACGUGCGCUCAGGUCGUGGUGUAUGGAACGACAUCAAGCGCUCGUACCCUCCAAUAUCAGAGGUCUCUACAAAUUGAGCAUUAUUGUGGACGGGAAACUGAGAAACGUUCUGAAAAGCUCCGUCAACGCGGUAGCAACUACACUCGUGAUACUCGGCUUGAUUGUUUUCACCACUUGUGCAUCCAUUUUCAUCACAAUACAGAUCUACGCGGAAGGCUUACAUCUUGUUCAAGUAACGGGUGAGAUAUUGAAUUCCACCUUGAUGAACAAUCCUGAUAUCGACUGGGUACCAGAAAAGUGGGAAGAGUCCGUUAACAGUGUUUUGGAUAACGCCUAUACGUAUGGACGAAGCGCUAUAUCGGAUGGUAUUCGAGGUCUCGUGAAAGAUCUCGAACCAGCGAAAGCGGAGCAGAUGGAGAAGAAAGUCUUGGAACUCUGGGAUCGUCUCUAUCAAGCAUGGAUGAUGUCGAGUACGGAUCCCGAUCUUGUAGGUCCUACUGUGGAUGUCAUGUCUGCGUACACCGCUUGGGAGAGCUUCAAAGAAAGCUUUGGAAAAACGCCCUUACAAUUAUUCAAUAUGACUAGUAUACAGAAUUUUGCCAAAGAGAACAUUGGCAUUUUAAUGUCGGUGCUAGACUCUCUCUGGGGCAUUGUUAAAGGCAACAUGUCUGUCAUAUUGACAGUUUUCACGGAGUUAUUCUAUAUCAUACUCAUGAGUGGAUCGGCAGUACUUAAUUUUGUACUCAGCACAGUGGUGUUCUUUACAACUUUAUUUUACUUGCUCAGUUCUAGCGGCAAAACUUAUAAACCCAUUGAAUUGACAACAAUGUUUAGUCCUAUUAGUUGCCACAGCACGCUGCAUGUAGAGGGAUUUGCUGUAGCGUUGCAAGAAGCAGUGAUCGGGGUGUUUGCUGCCACUUUUAAACUCGCCUCCUUCUUCGGCAUGUGGACAUGGUUUAUACAUAAUUUAUUUCAAGUGAAGAUUGUCUAUUUACCAUCGACCCUCGCAACCAUGUUGGGGGCAGUUCCUUUCUUAGAUGCAUACUUUGCCAGCAUUCCGGCCGCCAUCGAACUCUGGUUUACCCGUGGAUCGAUGAUUGCUAUCACCUUUUUUCUCUUCCAUUUCCUCCCGUGUAGCAUAGUAGUGACGGAAUUUUACAAGGAGAUUAAAGGUGGUGGACACCCUUACCUGACGGGUCUAUCGAUAGCGGGUGGAAUCUUUUGUUUAGGUGUGGAAGGGGCAAUUUUUGGUCCUUUGCUCCUGUGUUGUAUUAUGGUUGUCAUCAAUUUAAGCCGACGUUAUCUGCACUCGCCUGAGGACGAAGUUGUAUUGCCAACGUAUCCCAACCAUGGAAGAACAUCUGAAUACGAGUCAAAAUAACAUUACGGUUUUAAUAACAAUCGAUAUCUCUGCUUAACAAUAUUGCGAGCAGCGGGUUUGGCUCCAGCUUUUAUUACAGAUUAAAAGUUUGAUACGAAAGCGUUGUAUGAUGGCUGGUACCAGACAUACAGCAUGAAAACAGAUACGAAAGUUGUGUUUUAUAUACUUUUAUGUGAUAAGAGAACUAACAGAAGAGUCUCAGCUUACGCUUAUUAGAAUUACAGAUAUUUAUAUUGUACGUGAAUAAUAAAAAUAAGUUAUUUUUUUAUUUAUACGCGCAUUAAUACAAUUCUCUUUUACGAAUCUCAUUUUAAAUAAUAAAUUUUCUGUCUUCCAUCGUCCUUAUAUCAGGAAUUUCACAAAUACCAGAUUUGCAACAAUAUUUACAGUGCUAUAGUAUAAUUUAUACAUAUACACGAUAUAAUUUUCAUUUAAUGUAUUACACUUCAAGUACGUGUUUUUUUAUUGUAUUGAUUUAAGUGUAAACAAGAAAAACACGUUAAAAAUAUAUGUAUAUGCCUAUUGUGAUACUAACUUCAAGAUUUAAUACUUAUGUUUAUAUUUCUCAUGUUAAAUGUGUAACCAAUGAUAUGGUAAUAAAUUUUCUUAACAUUUAAUGUA